GGGGUGUCAGUCAUCUCAUGAAGUAUUCAUGCAGCAUAUCAAGUGUGUGUGUGAAGCCGUUUUCGUGGCUGCUGCGUGUCGGCAGAAUAAAGGGCUGGGUUAGAAAAAGAGAAAGGAAGAAGGUGAGAGAUGCAGAAGGACAGACAGAGGUAGGGAGGAGAAGGGAGGAGGAGGAGGAAGAGGGAGAAAGCCUGGAACUUCAGUGUUUCCUGGCAACCAAACAGCAGCAAGAGGCUGGAAUCCACUUUAUUUCUGCCUCUUGUGUCAGUCCUUUCUCUCCCCUUUGCUACGGCUGCCUCCUUUCAUCCCUCCUUCUUUCUCUCCACUGGAAUCAAAAGAGGAGGAGGAGGGAGCCUGUAAGGGUGGAGAGGAACAGCAUUGCGAUACAGACGGCAGGAACAGACCGAGGAGCACCAGGAGAGAGGAGAGGGUGAAGAAGAGGUGGCAGAAAAAGGGAGGAAGAUUGGGCAGGGGAAGAGACUGACCAAGGAAAUGAUUUAGGAUGGGGGAGAAGAGAAGGGCAAAGUUCAAGUAGAGGGCAAACAAAAAGGGAGGCAAAAAACUUAGAAAUUAAAGAAAAAGAGAAAAAGGAGAUAGGUAAAAUAAUGAAGGACAGAAAGAAUAUUUAAGAGAUUAAAAUGUGGAUAAAAGAAAGAGAACAGCCACCAAUUCCUGUGGAAAGAAGUGGAACAAAGGUAGAUGGACCGAUACAAACAGCUGUAUUGAUGGACAUAUGAAGAGCUGCAAGUGAAAAUGAAUGGACGGCCCUCAAAACGUUGAUUUUCCUCUGAAGAAGUGAUUUACAACUUUGUUUCCGGACCGGUAUUUUAACUUUCCAUGGCUGGACCCUGACUGCAGAGCAGGAGCGAGGAUACGGACGGAUGGGAAGAAGUUGUGGACAUGGAUUCAACUGAGCGGAGCCAGAAAAGUUUCAUAGGAUUUACCUCCGUUGAAAAAUCUGAUGAGGAGUUAGCAAUGGAUGAACGACACCUUUGAAUUGUAGUGGAAUGUACCAUUUUAUUACAGACAGAAUAACGGAUUAUUAAUGUCAGCAGCACCUAAUGAUGUUUUAACACCCAAUUGGAGCUGAUGGGGAAAAGAAACAAUUAAGGAGAUUGAAGAAUUUUAAUCUGUGAAUACAAAGAUAAAAAAAAUGACAGGAAUUCUUCUGACUGAUGCAUGACUGCAACGAUGAGGAGACCCAUCAUGAUCCAAGAAUGUCUUGGAAUCUAAAGUGUUCAAGAACUGCCUUCUCUGAUGAAUGGAUAAUCCCACACCAGGAGGGUUUUUUGGGACAGCCCUGUAAUCGAGUUGGUUUGCAGAACUUUAAAGUCUUUAAAAAGUUUGGAGCAACUAGUUGAUGACCUGAAAUGUCUUUAUUUUAUUUUUUUGAGAGUACAUUUGGGACGGAUGAAUCCGUGCACCACUACUGACAUCACUGGAAAGUAAUGGUUAUUUUAGUAAAUCUGAAUCCGGGUCAUGAUAAAAGCCAAGUUUGCCAGGUGGAGCAAGAAACCGAUGGUCAUUUCUUGGAACAACCUAAAUGUCUCGAUCUUGUAGAAAGAAAGUUGGAACAUCAGAACAUCUGUUCUCCUAAAGGAUCUUGAAGAUUUUAUUUCUGAAUGAAAGUCUGUACUUGAGUUCCUUUUCACUGACGGUCAGAAUAAGAAGAAUGUGGUUUUUGAAUAUCAUUACUGGAGAUGAAGAUGAGCAAACGCGUGGUUCUACAUCACGGCAGAGAUGUCUGAACAGAUAAUGGACUGGAAAGAACUGGCGGCUCAGAAGCUCAGCUUGCCCCGCAGAAAAAAGUCCCAACUCGACCCUUGCUCCCAGCCUGCUAAGGGUCCCAGCCCACCACUGCUGUAUACGGGGGGCUUCAGCGGGGCUCUGCAGUUGUCCCCUCCUGCCGUCCCACCAUGCCUCCUCAGAGCUGGGUCGAAGGUGAAGGAUACGCCUGCCAUGGGGAAGGUGCGGGUGGCGGUUCGGAUUUGCUCUGUCCCCAACCCCGGGUCUCCAGAGUCCAUGUCCUUCCUGAAGGUGGACAGCAGAAAGAAGCAGCUCACUCUGUAUGAGACAGCAUCAGGUGACCCCUCUUCUUCCACUCAGAGGAGGUCCUCUGCUCCUGCGCCCAAGACUUUCAACUUUGAUGGAGUCUUCUCACAAGAUGCAUCCCAGGCUGAGGUGUGCUCGGCCACGGUGGCAGAGGUCAUCCAGUCUGUGGUUAACGGAGCAGAUGGCUGCAUAUUCGGCUAUGGACACGCCAAUCUAGGUAAGACAUACACCAUGAUUGGUCAGGACUGCUCCACACAGAGUCUGGGCGUGGCUCCCACAGCGAUCUCCUGGCUCUUUAAGGUGAUCGAAGAGCGCAAAGAGAAGUCUGGAACUCGAUUCUCUGUCAAAGUGUCAGCGGUAGAGAUCUCUGGAAGGGAGGAGACGCUGACAGACCUUCUGGAUGAACUAGCAACAUCAGCUGGAGGUCAACGGGAGACACGAGGCACUACAGUGGUGCUGCGAGAAGACCCUGUUUGCGGGUCCCAGCUUUUGAACCAAACAGAGCUUUGGGUGACCAGCGCUGAGCGUGCUGCCUUUUUUUUGGACGCAGCCCUGGCAGAAAGAAGGACUAAUCGUGUGCCGAGUGACGAAGAGGCCCGGAGAAACUCGCACUUCCUGUUUACUUUGCACCUGUGCCAAGAGAAGCUGGACAAGAGCAGCAAGGCAGCAGUGUCGGGCCGCAGCCGUCUCCACCUCCUGGACCUGGGGAGCUGCGAGACCGACAUCAGCAGGACCAGGGAGGGCGGUGGAGGUCAGUGCCUGUCCCUGUCUGCGCUCGGGAACGUCAUCCUCGCCCUCGCCAACGGAGCCAAGCACGUUCCCUACAGGGACAGCAAGCUCACCAUGCUGCUCAGUGAAUCCCUUGGCAACAUCAACUGUCAAACCACGAUGAUCGCUCACAUUUCCGACUCCCCAACGAACUACAUGGAGACUCUGACCAUCGUGCAGCUGGCCUCCCGCAUCUACCGCACCAGGAAGAAGAAGACCAAAUAUGCUUCCAGUUCCUCUGGAGGAGAGAGUUCUUGUGAGGAAGGCCCAUCUCGUCGACCCCCUCAUCUUCGACCUUUCCAGACUCGUGGUGUGACUUUGAGUUCUGGCAAGCCUCCACUGUCCUCCAGUGAACCAGACUACACCUCCAGCAGUGAACAGUCGUGUGACACAGUCAUCUAUGUCGGACCAGAAGGGACUCCCUUAUCAGACAGAGAGCUGAGUGACAAUGAGAGCCCACCCUCCUUUGUUCCCAUUAUUCCUUCUUUGAACAAAAAGCGAGUCAAGGAUGCACCCAAAUCAGAUGGAGACCAUUUAAAGUGCAACACCUUUGCAGAGCUGCAGGAGAGACUUGAAUGCAUUGAUGGUAGUGAGGGUCCUACCACAGUUAACACAGAGAGCAGAGAAGCACAAGCUGAAAAGACAGAAGCUACUAAGUCCACAGAGGCCUCUAAAUCUAAUAGGAUUCCCUCCCACAGUUACUCAGAAGUAACACUGACAGCAAAUGAACCUGCACUUAGAGAAUCUAAACUCCCCUUGGCUGGAUGCCUUAUAGAGGCAUCAAAAAGGACAAGUGCCGAUGGGGAGAAAAUCUCCCCCAUCUCUGCUCAGACAUGUCUGAUAGGACCAACUGAAGCUUCUUCACAUGAUCCAGAACCUGUUGUGCGACAAAAGGUUUUUUUCAGUGGAGGUGUACCCAAGCCAUCAAAUUCACCAUCCCCACCAACGACAACCAAGGCUGCUAUGGUGUCUAAAGAAAGCUUGCACAGAACUCCCCCAGUAGGCAUGUGCUACCAGACAUCAUGUAAAGGCCAACCUCUGGGUUCGUCUGAUGCAGAGAAGGUUCAUCAGACCACCAGAUACCCUUUGGAGGUCAGCAAUAUUAGAGCAGCUCUGUUGGGAAGGUGCCUGGACAUGGACUUGCUGAAGACUACAGUCACUCUGCAGCAGCCUGUGGAACUGAACGGGGAGGAUGAACUUGUGUUUACUAUUAUAGAGGAGCUUCCUCACAGUCUUGUCCCAGACAAUGGCCGUCCUUCCAACCACCAUACCUUUAGUGCUGACUGCUCGCUGCAAGCCUUAGCUCCGGUUCACCAUCCCGUUAGCAUAAUUACCAGCAUCAACGAUGAGUAUGAUGCUUAUACAACUCAGCACAGAGAAAAAGAGGCUGACCUCCAGUCAUCUGCUGGGUCACGUCAAACAGAAACUAUUGCCAAAUUUUCAACAAAUCGAAAUGAGAGCAUUGCUGCAUCAGAAAUGUUUCAUGGACUUCAGCCGCAUGGCCUGAAAAGCUCUUUCAAUGACAGUGGCAUCUGUUUUUCAGAGCUGGAUAGUUAUCCCCCCACCCCUAACAAGUAUCCUUCUACCAAGGGGCCUCCUUCCCCUUGCUCAUCUUUGAUUAAAAGCUCCCCUAAACUAAGAGCACACACUCUAAAUGUUGCGGACACAACCCAGACUUCCCAACACACAACCCGUUCAAGUCUUCCCAGAAAAACAAAAUCUACCUCUAUUUCUGCUGUGGGUUGCAGCAGACAAGACGGUAGACAGGAUGAACUUCUAUUUCAAGAAAGCUGUUAUACUGAUCCCAGAGAGCUAGAGUUAUUUUCAGCAACGAAGCUAUCAAAAUAUGGUACUACUCUUGUUUCCUCUAAAAAGACUGUUGGAAACUUUAACAGCAUACCUCGAUCUCCAAAGGCACAAACACUGUCUUCAGCUCAGAGGGUUGUGGAUGGCUGUGAAAGGUCCAGCAGCAGAAGAGGAGAUACUUUAAUAAAGCUCCCCCAACUUACCAGAGGGGCAACAACCCUGGGAACAGUCUCCACCCCACAUGCUGCUGAUUCAAGGUGGGUAAAUGAAGCUGCAUCUGCAAUCAAGACCGUAAAGUUUUCAUCACUAGGUAAAAAGCCAAAUGGACAAAGAAGUAGUGCAAUGUCUAGGUCUGGAUCUGGAAACAUCUGUCCUGCUUCAUCUGCCAAACAGUCCAACCAAGAACACAAGACAAGGUCUCCAAGUGCCUUAAAAACAAGCAUUGAGAGUGGAAGAUUUACCUUCCCUAAAACCUCAGAAGAAGAACUCACCGUGAGGUUACGUACUGAUUCAUUCAACCACAGGACUUCUGGUUCCAAAACUGAUCACGGUUCUCCAAAGAAGUUGCUGAGUCUAAAGAUCAGAGAAAAUAAAUCAGAUUCUGCAAGAUUAUACCAAAAUCAGGGGUCUUUGGAGAAAAGUGAGAGUCUGGCCUUUGCUGCCUCAAAACCAGAAAUGUUAAGGCAAAGUAGCAAUGCAGGAGCAAGCAGUAGACUAAUUAGAUCAGUGCCAAAACUUGGGCUUCCAGGCUCAACCAUAGCUUCUUCUUCCCAUGUUUCAUUUGCUGCCUCUGAAGUUGCCACCAAACUGGGGCAGGUCCGUGGCAGCUCCCGAGCUGUUGUUUCUGGUGGACCAAAGACUCAAACACUUUCCACCAGCAGCUGCAAAAACUUAAGUUUCCCACAGAAGCUUCCUGAAACCUCUGCUGAACGAAUCACCAACCUUCCUCCAACUGGCAAAUCCACCAUUUGCUCUGGAGCAAGAACAGGAAGAGGCACUGUAAUGGGCAUGAAACAGGCUAUCAGCAGGGCAGCUAAUAGCCGUGUCAGUGAACUGGCUGUUGGGUCAUCAAGGAAACAGCUGAACAAAAAACCUGAAGGGACAGGAAGUUACAGCACUGGGACUGCAACAAGUAGCAUCAUCAAGUUGCCACAAACCACUAUGCUGCCAUCACCUUACAGCAAACUUACAUCACCUCGUAGGCCACAGCGCUACAGCAGUGGACAUGGUAGUGACAACAGCAGCAUCCUUAGCGGAGAGAUGCCCCCUGCCAUGGGACGCACUGCACUGUUCUACCACAGUGGAGGAAGCAGCGGUUAUGAAAGCAUGAUACGUGACAGCGAGACCACCGGCAGCACCUCAUCGGCACACGACUCCAUGAGCGAGAGUGGGACGUCCAACAGAGGCCGUGUUUCUAAAUCACCCAAAAAAAGAGGAAAUGGGGUGUUCCAGCGGCGGCGGCUGAUUCCAGCUCCCCUUCCAGACGCCUCCUCUCUGGGCAGGAAGAUGGGGGGUAAGUGGGUAGACUUGCCCUCGCUGGGCAGCGCCCUGAAGACGCCGUUUGAAAUAAAAGUGUAUGAGAUUGAUGACAUGGAGCAACUGCAAAGGAGGAAGGAGGACGCAGCGGGGUCAGAGCCGCUGUAUGACGUGGAAAAGGGUUUGCUCUACUUCAACGCCCAGCUGAGGAUGCUGGAAAGGCGGCAGCAGCAAAUCAGACAACUGAAGAGCGAGCACGAGCAGCUGAAAGUGGAGCUGGUGGAGGCCAAGAGGCGGCUGAUGCUCCACCCAAGCAGGUGGAGUGGAGAGUUUGAUGUGGACCCGGAUCUGGACCAGGAGUCCCAGGAAUAUCUGGAAGCUCUGGCACAGGUGACAGCGGAGUUGGAAUACUGUGUCAACCUCUGCAAAUCCCGCAUCAUGAUGGAGACCUGCUUCGACGUCGCCGCCACAACAGCCAGUGCCGCCGCGCUUGUAGGCCAGCAGAAGAUGGAGGUGUGAAAUCCAAAGGGAUUCAAGCCUUUUUUAUUGUGAAAGUCUCAGAAAACCCAAGAUGGACAACUUGGUUUUUGGAUUUUUGAUGUUUGGCUUAUUGAUAUAGAGACAGACUGCAGGUCUGGGAUCACAUUGUCGAAGAAUUACUAAAAGUGCCUUUAUAUUCUAUAUCUAUUUCUUUUUAUUUAAGUGUUCUUUACCUUAUUUAUCAAGUUUUUGUACAUUUUAAAUACAUUUUCAUGGUGCUGAUAAUAUAUUUCUUAUGCAACAGGAUGUACAAAAUCACAGGGAGUUUAUAAACUAAGCAGAAACCAAGUUUAGAUGUUGGUUAAAAGAGCAGAUGAGAAAAAUCCGUCACGUAAAGCAGUUUAGCCUCGUCAAACUCCUGAAUGGGGAAAAUAUUCCAUUCUCGGCAUCAAUGACAACAAAAGGAGCUUCUUUUUUGGCAUGAUGUGGCACCUGAAAAAAAAAUCUGGAUUUUUUUUGGGAGGUGACUCCUAGCUCACAAAAGAGUUUAUCAAAGAGCCUCUCAAAACUGGUUUAUGCCCUUUGGAGCAUAUCUGACCCACAUUAGAAAAUCAGACCUUUGGUUCCUGUCUGUUCAAAGGUCAUUAGAGUGCCGUCUGGGUUGACAGGCAGGUGGAUGUGAACAAACAGACCCUUGCAUUUGUUAAAUGGAUCAGAACACACCAAUAUCUACUAAGCUACCAAUAAAAAGACGGUCAUUGGUGGCAAAAAUUAAACUGGAAACUGGAAAUUAAUAAUAAAAGAUUAAUAUACCACAAUUUUUAUCUGAAGCUUUAAGAGAGUCUUACAGUGGGAGUUUACACUUUUCAUGUUGGUACAGCUGUAACACACUUGCUGCCAAAUAUGUGGACAACUAUGCUUCUUUAACCUGCAGUAGUGCAAGAUUGAAAAUGUGAUGAAGGCAGCUGACACCAACAAUUAUGUAAGAUGUCCUGGAAAUAUUUUGUUGGAAAAAUGCAAGUUAUCGUUUAGCUGGACUCUCGACUUCGCAAAAGUCAGUAUAUUGUUUUGAAGGUGCUUUCACAUGAAGCCAUAACACAGAUUUGGGUUGAACGCAUGGAAAAAGUUCAAGCUUUUUUACUAAACUCAUAGUGGAGCGGACCAAAUGAUGAGAAAAGGUCUUGCAAUUGCAAAAGCUGGUCUUCUGGAAGCACAAAGAAGACAACUUUACUUUAUAUGCUUCACCUCUUUACACCUCAUUUGCUGCUGAGACAAGCAGCCUUCUCUGAAUUUGAACUUUUUGAGCAACAGGCUAUUUUUUUUACAUUUCUUUUUUUAUUUAUGACUCAAAAAGCAUGGUGCUUAUGCCCCUUAUCCUAUUUAGUUCACUUCUCUUGGAUAGUUAAUUUGCAUUCACUAUUCAACUUUUAGCUCUUGUGAAAGAGCUAAAGCUCAGACCAGGCCCAGAGUGUUUUGGCCACUCGAGAGUUCAGAAUACUUCUCACAUUUGUUAAAAAAAAAAAAAAAAAAAAAAAACAGUUCAGAAGAGUCCAGUAUGCCCUAAAUUAGAAUUUAAAACUUUAUUUUUCUUUACCUCCAGUUAGUGACCAAUAGCAGGUAAGUUUAAAAUUUUACUCCUUAUUUAGGUCAGAUUUAACUAUACCCAGAAUACUUAGUCAUUCUAAAUAUAAAUUUUUUUAUCAUACAAAUGUAUUAAAAAUUUAUUUAAUGAUAUAACUUAUAAAGUAAAUACACUAUAUGCGACAAUGCAAAAGUGAUACACAUAACAGGCAAGACUUACUUUUUUGAGGUUCAGAUGUGGCGUAUUGCUACGUUCACACCGGCCACUUUCAGUGAAAAGUCUUUCAAAACGCACGUACAUGCGCGUUUUGGGAUUUUGCGUUCAGAAAGUUUGUGUUCACAUGUAGCUACGCAAGUUUUUAAAACUGUUUUCAGGCACUACGUACAAAAAGGGGGAGCCACUGAACGUAUAUCGAAAGUCAAACCAUUUGAAUUUGGACCAAUCAGGGACUCAGACUUGGUGGUGAUGUAUGAGUAAUGCCAACCGUUUCAACAUUAAUCACAGAGGAGAGAUUAAUAUUUGUGGUCUGACCCCAGCCGGAAUUCAAUGCCACCAAUGUUUUGCAUUUUGCAGUGGAGCUGUAAUGGAAAAAGCCUGGAGCAAGAUUCAGAACAUUUCCAAGUGUCUCCCUGUUAGAAUGCACGCUAAUAUCCGGUAGUGACUGUCCUGUGUGAACACCACAUGCAGAAUCUUUUAAGACUUGAGUGUUUAGCGCAUUCUUGCGUUUUACACGCCCGGUGUGUACGUAGCAUCGAGGUUGACUCGUAACAACUUUGCCUUUCCAGAAGAUAGCAUUUUCAUAAUUAAUGGCUCCAAACUAUACAAAGUUUUUUUUUAUUGAACUGAAUCAUUUCUUUGACCAGUUUAGUUGCUUUUGCAUCCGCAUUUAAACCAUUUGCACGAAAAAAAAAAAUGUUUUUGUUCUUUUUCUAUGAGUCUUAUUUUGAAAAUGCUUUUCCAAACUUGUGUUUCUAAUUUGAAGUACAGAUUUAUGACAUUUAUUACAAACUCCUUUUUUUUGUGAUGUACAGUUUUAUAAUGAUUUGUAAAUAUGUGUAAUCUGUUAAAAGGCAGAGAAAAUAAAUGGAUCAAUAAAGGUAGGAUUAUGUGUGAAUGGAAGAUGCUUUGGUUUGUUUCAGGACUUAUGUGGAGAAAAAUAUCAGAAUAAUACUGUUUCUUUGAAAGUGAUCAUGUGUAUAAAAGAAAUGUCUACAAUAAUAUAAAAAUAUGACACAGACA